CUAAUCAUUUUUGGAAGCUUUGAUAAGUUGAGAUUUUGGCUUGCACGCGCAGACCGAUUCGUGCAUUUUUCUCCGGCAGUCUGUGAGACGGCAUAGUAGCAAUGAUUGGAUCCACCGUGUAUUGGCUGGUCGUGUUGACCGUGUUUCGGCGCUUUAGCUCCGCCGAUGACGCGGUGGCGUGCACGGCGUACCGUGAGCUGGGGGAUUUCACCCUGGGUGCAUUAUUGUCACUUCACGGUAGCAUCUCCGAAAACUGUGACACGGAGAUCAGUCCGCGUGGAGUAGUCCACGCUGAAGCAAUGGUGUGGGCAAUCAGAGACAUCAACAGUCGAGACGACAUCUUACCCAACAUCACCUUAGGAUUUGACAUCAGGGAUGAUUGCCGUAGCGAAGACGUGGCACUCUGGAUGUCACUCAUGUUGCUGGAGAAUAUCUCCCCAGAUGCUUUCAAAGAUGCCUGCCCGGUCUUGCCUCUGCAAUCCAACCUCACCUUAUCUACUAGUCAUUCAGAGCACGAGGUGAUUGGAAUAAUUGGAACGUCCAGGAGCGCCACAAGCAUCCCAGUGGCUCAGCUCACAGGUCUCUUUCAAGUACCAAUCAUGUCCUUCUGGGCUUCAAGUAAUGAGCUCAGUGAUAAAGCCAGGUUUCCAUAUUUUCUCCGUACCGUCCCACCCGAUCGACAUCAAAUCAGCGCCAUCGUGGACAUGAUUGUUCGCUUCCAGUGGAACUACAUUGCCCUCAUUCAUUCGGUGGAUAGCUAUGGUUUGCACGGCGCCAGAGAGUUGCUUGUUCUUGCCGAGCAGAGGGGCAUCUGCAUCGCCUUCACUUUGCCAGUUAAUGAAAACCCCACACAGAAAGAGUUAUCCGAGGUCGUGGCUAAACUUGUCAGGUACAGAUACGCUAAGACAGUCGUGAUGUUCGCAGCUCUACAGGUAGCCAAUGCUGUUCUGGACCAUGUCAAGAGUGAGCAGCCAGGUCUUAACAUUACCUGGAUCGGAGGUGAUGAUUGGGGGUUUGAUUUGACCGAGCGGGGCUUGGGAGACAUCGCACAGGGCUCUCUCUUUACCCGAUUCUUCAGUCAGACUGUCCCGUCAUUCGACGAUCAUUUCGCGAGAUUAAACCCGGCUUCAGACUCUGUCAGUCCGUGGUUCACUAAUUACACUCAGACCAAACGAUCGGGAGUUUUUCCCGAUCACCCAAGUAGUGAUUAUGUGGUGUCUCCGGUCGUAGACGGUGUCUAUGCCUUUGCGCACGCUCUCGAUUCCCUGGUCGCUGAACUGUGUCCCGAGAGGUCAGACUGCCCAGCCAUUGGAGGUGCAUCUGGAGAAAUGCUGAAGCCCCACCUGCUUAGAGUCAACUUCACUGGAACAGGUGGAUUGCUUUUCUUUGAUGAAAAUGCCGAUCCACCUGGAAAAUACAUCCUCAAGAACUAUCAGAAGAUGGAAAACGGAAAGUACGGCAGCGUUGAGAUUGGACUGUGGGACUCGCAGAUAGCAACAACAAGGUUAUAUCUUCAAGAUGAUCUGAUCCGAUGGCAAGGUGAUUCCUUGGAGGUGCCUCGGUCCACCUGCAUCCCCGAUUGUUCCCCUGGCUUCAUACUGGUUCCCUCCCAGGAGAAGUGUUGCUGGCUGUGUCAGCCCUGCAAUGACAAUGAAAUCGUCGUCAACAGCAGUGAGUGCGUGACAUGUGAAUUCACAACCUGGCCUAACUCUAAUCGCAGUGGCUGUGAAGAUAUCCUCCCCAGCACUCUUAGCUUCCAGGACCCCAUAGUUAUCAUCCUCCUCCUGUGUUCCAUCAUCGGGCUUCUCUUGACAAUCUUGACGGCUGCCGGCUUGAUCCACUACAACGCCAAGCCUCUGAUCAAGGCUGCGAGUCGUGAACUGAGCAGUAUCGUCUUGGUUGGUGUGAUUCUUGCCUUUCUGGCGGUCUUCUUGCUCCUCAUCAAACCAAGCCAGGGGACAUGUCUAGCAUCUGAGGCUACCAUCUCUCUCAGCUUCACCCUGACCUAUGCUCCAACUCUCCUGAAGGUUAACCGUAUCUACAGGAUCUUCAAGGCCAGUAGGGUGUCAGUCAGACGUCCUAAGUGGAUCAGUCCCAGGAAGCUGAUGGCCAUGGCUGGUGUAUUGAUUCUCAUCCAGAUACUUAUAAUCGUUGUAUCGACCAGCGUCAGUCCAGUCCAAGCACAAGUUACGGUUCCCGUGACUCCAGUCGACUACCUCGAACUCUACUGCACCUUCAGCUACGAGUUCCUCGCCUCCUGCGCUUACAACCUCGCUCUCAUCCUCGUCUGUUGCUACUACGCCUUCAUGACGAGGCGGGUACCCGACAACUACAACGAGUCCAAGUUCAUCGCCGUGAGCGUGUACUCUACCCUGGUGGUCUGCCUGGCCACAGUACCAGUCUACGUGACGGCCGUAGCGGUCGUACAGAAAGUGGCAACCUUGUGCGCAGCGGUCUUGCUAAAUGGCUAUCUGACCCUGGUGUGUGUCUACAUGACCAAGCUAUACGCUGUCAAGUUCGUACCCAAGCAGCAACAAGAUGUACACAGUACGCGUACGGUAGCGGCUGCCGGUGCAAUGGCUUCGCCUGCACGAUUAGCUGCAACUAUCUCGCAAACCGUUGGGGGCGCUGUUGGUUCUGCCUCUGUCGGGCAGAUUCGGCCUUUGUAAAUGCAAAUCCGAAAACUACGGGAACACUUGAAAUUAACUGCAAUUGUAACUAUCGAUCUAACGAGAAAUUCC